CAACAUGGGCUCCUCCUCCUCCAAGCCCGCGCGCGCCCUCGGCUCCAGCGUCAGCCAGGCCAUGCCGAGCGCAGCCGGUGCCAGCAGCCGCGCACCCGCCGGCGCCGCGCCGCGCGCCCGGGCGCCGCCGCAGGCAGCGCAGCAGCAGACGCGCAGCCCAGGCAGGACGCAGCUCGGCGCCGACCAGUCGCGCACCGCUCCAAAGGCGCAGCGAGCGACGGCCGAGGCGAGCGAGAGCAAGACCUCUGCCAUCAUGGCCGAUGCACGCGACCCGCAGCUGCUCGCCAACCUCGCCAAGCUGGGGCCCGUGCAGGUGCCGAGACACAAGCUGCGCUACCGGCCGAACGACGAGAUGCUGGGCAUUCUGCGCGCUCGCUCCGCCGACACGGAGCGCUUCGAAGCCGACACCUCUCCCUCUUCCUCCACCUCUGCCUCCUCCGCCGCCGUCGAAGGCAGUGCCUCACGCACGCCCAACCGUCUGACGGCGCCGACGCUCAUUGCGCUGCUCGACGCACGCAAGACGGCCACGACGCAGAAGGAGGUGCGGCAGCUGGCGCAUGCGUUUGACGUGGACCUCGCGCUGCUCGAGAGCCUCGUCAAGUACGUCAACUCGCCGAGCAUCCGGCCGAGGCCGGAGGAGGUUCGGGUGGAGGAUGAAGAUGAUGUGAGUUGUUUGUGCGCGCGACGAGAGGGGGCCGAUGUGCCAGGCGGCAGAGCGAGAGCUGAUGCAGAUAUGUGAUGGCGCAGAGACCGCCGCUGGUUGAUGCGGUGUGGACAGAGCCGCGUCUGGGCGCUGUCUCGAUCGGUGCGUCUCUCCCAAGAGUCUUCUGCGUGCUUCUGCGUCAGAAGCUGAUCGCCCCCCCUCUCUUUCUCCUUCCCGUUGCGACUCGCAGAAGCUCCUGCUGCAAAGGCACAAUGAGGGAGGCGGUGCGUGCAGGCAAGAGGGCGGGCGCGGCACUGCGGCAGAGAAUUGGAC